AAUGAUAAAAAAACAUUUCCUCAAAAAGCAAUGAUUCAAUUGAAACGUUUAACACAGUUUGUUUUCGUUUCCGUUCCCAUGCUUUAUAUAACAUAUAAUAUUUUAUAUUAUUCUAAAAUUGUUGGAUUUAAUUAGAGAAAACAUAUCAAAGUUCACAUGGGGAAAGGGCACGCUGGAAUACCGUUAUACCACUGUGGAAUAUUAUCAUGGUUUGGAUAGUAAAUUUCUACUCAUGGAUCUUUCUUACUGCCGCAGUUCAGUCAGCUCAACUAAAAAAACAAUUUAAAUAUGUUCGGAUUGGAGGUACAGUGAUUCUAAAAUGCCCAUUUAAUGGUUUAGUACCUGUUGUAACUUGGCGAUAUAAUCACCAAGUUUAUUCCAUGGCUACAGAAAUCAACACAAACAUACCACAUCAUAAAAGGCUAGCCGUUGUUGGGAACCAUUCAACAGGGGAGUUUUUUCUGCAGAUAAGGAACAUUACAGAUGGAGAUUUGGGAACAUACAUUUGCGUAUCAACAAGUGAUAAUAAAGUGGUUGAUUCCUCAAUGCAGCUUAUGUUAAUGGUUCCACCAUCAUAUCUGUCAAUUGUGGGACACACGUCAAAUAUAUUACAUACGGAGGAAGACAGGGAAGUUAAUCUUACUUGCCAAGUGGUUACAGGGAUACCUUCAGAGUAUCUCUUCUGGAAAUCAGGAAACAGAACCUUUGUAAACGGUUCAGGGGAGAUACAGUUUAUUUUUCAAGCGAAAAGAAAUGACCAUUUGAAAGUGUACGAAUGCAUUGCUGUACACGAAGCUUUAAGGAAGCCUUUGAGAAAGACACUACAACUCAUAUUAGCAGAGAAACCGCGUGUUAAAAUUGCUGUAUAUCCUGGAACAGAAGUCGAGGCUGGUGUUAAUGUGACCUUAUCGUGUAUCAUGGGUAAUUUGUUUGAUCUACGAAGUUUAACGUGGUGGAAAGACGACAUUAUAUUACCAUUCAGGUCGACGGAACUAUGUAUAACUGACGCACGAAAUAGGGAUGCUGGUAUAUAUAAAUGUUCAGUGGUCAAUAAAUGGGGAGAAGGAUACAGUCAUGUUACAUUAAUUGUAAUAGAAAAUACAAGUCAUUCCAAUGGUAACGGUGUCACUUUCACUUCCUUUAGUUUACAAUGGACGAAUACAUCUGAAAGAUAUGAUAAUGACGACAGACAACAAAUACCAUUCUUACAGAUUAUAGCUUCAGGUUCAUCGUUUGUGAUUCUCUGUUUAUUGUUGGCAAGUACUGUUGUUAUAUACAGACGAUGUCACGGAGCAGCACAUCUUGCACCUGCCAAUCCAAAUUCUGAAAAUCGACCACCAAACCGGUCCUAUGAUGCAGAGUAUGAAACAAUUGGCGAACUUCAAGAUGAAAUCGUUCCUAAUCAAAAUGUACCAAGGGGAAUGGCUGUGACUACAAUAGAAAUUACAACUGUUGAAACUGUCACUGAUAACAAAUCAUCUAGUUCAAGUGCUGGAGACUCUUCCUCACGGUCACUUCGCUCGUUAUCUGACUAUCUUAACCCGUAUUGUUCCAUAAAUGCUGAUUUAACUGACAAGAAAAAUGAAUAUGAAUUUUGUUUGUACAAAGCAUCCUAUGACACUUCUUCCAAAAGAGAAGUAAAAAAAUGUUCAAAUACGAUAUAAUAUAAAAUAUUCACACCAGGAUCAGUCUAUAAAUCUUGACAUUAAUUCAUAGUAUUAUAGCUUCAUAUGUGAACAUUUAGGUUUGGCAAAUUUGAAAAACCAAAUUCUGUUGAAAUUAAUGGCAUCGUGGCAACAACACCACUACUCCGUCCAGUGCCCUGGAUCCCUCGACCAAAUACCAUAUAGAUUUCGAUAGUCGAGCGAUGCCCAUCUUUGUCGGCUUUAUCCAAGGUUUUAACAGAGAACAUGAUGUAUGGCGUUUAUAUUUUUUUUUUAAUCAUUUAUUGUAGUUCUGAUGACCAAUGAUUAACUUAUACCGAAUUUAUAAAUCUUUUCCUUAUUUUAGAUUACUAGCACUGGAUCAAUACCAUCCCGAUGGUAUCAGCUCAGAAAUCAGUGAUUCGUUUUUGACAUGAUUUAUAAAAUAUUCUUCUAAAAAUCCCCCGUUGAUAUAUUAAAAAAAUACUAAGAAACUAUGGUUCCAACUCCUUCUUGUAAAGCUGACAGCUGAUUUUUAUAUUCUUUUAACAAAAGUGGUCCAUAUUUGUUAUAUAGCUCUUAACAUUUCUCCAUUUCCUUCCUACUGUAGGUAAGUUCAGAAAAUCGCUUAGGCCGCACGAAAUUAAUAAAAUGUUAUUCUUCUUUUAUAGUAGUUAAAUGUUCUUAAACCUCAAUUAGUAUCCAUUUUGUGUUUUCGUCAUAAAUCCUUAAUUGACAUCUUAUAUGAGUACAAACCAACUUUUGCGUUUUUUGAUUGUUGCCAUUAUCUUGAUAAUUAUUGGAUUGAGGGCGAAAUUAUCAGCAACAUAGGAUUCCAUAACUGAAAUUGUCGAUUGACUUCUAACAGGGAAUAAUAACUUUAAAUGACUUUUUACCUAAAGAUUUAUUUUAUUUUUGGCUAUUGCAUUUUGUAGUUUACAAGACAAUAUGUACAAGAAAAUACAGUGACGGAUGUCGUAAAUUGACUCCUUGUAAGCAUCUUUGUUCUCAAAUGACUUCACAUUUUUUUAAAUGAAACAACAUAUCAUUUAUCAAACCAGUUAACCAUAAUACUUUGUGUUAGAAAAAUGACUGCCACUGUUGCUUAAGUUUGACUGUACAUUUUGCAGCGUGAGCAAUUCGGGCUCCUAGCAGCCUCUAUCUUAAGUUUCUUCUUCAAAUUUUCAUUUUUGUUAUAUCAUUGUUUUUUUAUUGUUUUAUUGUUUGGGAAAUGGUACCUAUAUAAAUAAUCUAUACAAUGCCCUUCGUUUCCCUAUUUUUCUCCUAGGAUUAAGUGUUUUCAAAAGAGUUAUUCUAUCGUAUGAAAGAAAAUACUGUCGUUUGAAUAUUUUUCAAUCAUUUUUGAUUCUAUACUUUUAACUGUACACAUAUUUAUUAGCAGAAUUGGUUUUGUUUCCUGUAGGAAUUUUGAAAAUGGAAUGUCUUCUUUUAGUACACGGAAACGAAAAUAAAAUAUUUUUUUCAACACCAGCUUAGUUCUUUAAAUGGAGGUUGGAUCAUAUGUACGUGUUGUUAUAAAUCAAAGUAAGUGAAAACGAAUCUAAUGGAACGAAGAUUUAUUAUCAAAAUAGAAUGAAUUAUUACACUUUUUGUCAUGUUAACAUGAAUGUUUAUUGUUUGCUGUAUUCUGAUGACUACCUUAACCAAUAAUUUGAAUAUCUAGAGAACAGUAUAUUUCCUUCAAGGAAGAACAGAUGGUCACGUCAAAUAACAAGUUCUUAACGAUAAUCGCGUGACUGCAGCUAUAUAACUAAAAUCAAACAGUUAUGUGCAGGUCAGCAUAUGGUCUUUAACAGCAGAAGUGUCUCGAUACAAUUUGUCAAGAGCUGAAACAGACAUGUAGUGAAAAAAUUAAGAGACUUUUAAUGAUCUUUCCAUUUUUCGUGAAGUUUUGAAUGCAUUUACUAGCACUUGGUCAAUACCAACGCUGGUGGACUAUUAGAAAAGAAGUCAGUGUUUUUGGUACUGAUAUGAUUUAUAAAAACCGUUUUAAAAUAUUACCCGUUGAAAUAAUAUCCUUUUACACAAGUCAAAACAUUUCCUUUGCUGCUUGCGAAAAGAAGCAAUCUCAAUUUUCAAUUUUUGUUAUCGUGUACUAAAAGAAAAAAAGAAGAACAUUUAAAGGUGUGCUUUUCAAUUUUCAAUCUGACCUCAUGUGUGUCGGACAAGCAGCAUAACCUCGACCGCUAUAGGUAUAAAUGUAUAUUCUUAUUAUUAUGGUCUUUCUGCUUCUUGUUACAGGUAACCAAUAGGAAAAAAUAAGCAAACAUUAACAAUUGGUUGUCGUUAUGAUUUCAAAAUCUCAGUAAAAGUUUGAAUAGUCAUUUUGUAGUUUUAAUGCAGAUAACUAUUUAUCAACAUCAUUUUGCUAUCCAUUAUUGAACUUCUGAAUAUGAAGUUGAAAUGCCUAGUGGCAUUGUAUCCUAAAUCCACGAACAUUGAAGCCUUCAGCAAAUAUAAUAAAACGAAAUUCAAAUAUUUAUCAAUAACGGGAAAACGUAUAGCCUGGAAUUUUAUAGAUUCGAAAUAUUGAACUGGCGGAUUAAGAACUGCUUAUAUAUUCGGAACUUCUGAGUUAACAUCCCGUUUUUAGGACUUUCACUUGCUCAAUUUUUGUUUUUUCAUUUGUAUUUAGUAGAUUCUUGCUUUUCUGUUAUUUGGUGGUUUAGUUCAUACUUCGUCUGUGUUUUUUUUUUGUAUUGUUCCUUGGUAUACACCUACAUUUUUUAAGAAGAAAAAAAAGCAGAAAGUGAUUACUUUAAAAUUCAUUUAACUGUAAAAGCAGAACUAUAAGAUGUGACAUCGCAUCAUCUAGUUACUAUUUCAUGUAUUUAAUUUGAUGUUUAUUUUUUUUCUUGCUUUAACUUUAUGUGUCUUUUUCUCUUAAUUUAUUUAAUACGGUUCAGUAAUUAUCAUAUAUAUAAUACUUUCUUUGCUCAGAAUUGGAACGUCAAAAAUGAACCAAAAAUCUAAUGUACGAUAAAUAACUAAAAAUUUAACAUAUAACACUGUACGCAUGUUUGUAUACCCAGUCAUACCGAGAGAAAUCCGCAGGAAGAGAGACACAGUUUGCAUAUUUUAUAUAAUGACUUUGGUGUAGAAUAAAUUUUGCAAGUUCAUGUAAACAAAAUGUAAAAAGAUGUUUUUAGCUUGUCUUAA